UGUUUUGAAGGUCCCUUUUCAGGUCUCAAUCGCAUGUUGAAACAUUAAGAAACAACCUUUAUAUUCAUUAGACGUAAUUUCACAUGAAACAGGCUGAAACCCGACUUCAAACAAGUGAUUUCACGGCCUGCUGAAGUAUUUCAACUGCGUGCUUAACGCUGAGUUUGACUCUUCAAACACUUUGCUUGAGGCGAAACAAACAGGAAAAGAGUGGCAGCGUUACGCACCGACGGGAAAUAUUCCAACAAACGCUUUAAAAGCUCGCAUCGCGGGCGUUAUUUCCUUCUAACUGACUGGAUGAACAGGGUCCAACCCUCCCCGGGGUUCCUUUCUCCUUCCAUUUCUCACCAGCUCACCAAUCUGAUCUUUCAGCAGGAGUUUGAUGUGUGAGCGCGUCAGGAAAGCGCGCGUAAUUGUUACUCUUUUCUUUACGCGUCCUUGGAUUUCCGUAAACGCUUCAGGAAUGGAAACUGCUUUGCUGGAAUUAUAAACUCAGGGCUAAACGGGAUACAAGCAGAUAGAGUUGGAGUCUUUGAAUUCCGUGGCUUGGUUUAUAUGAACCUGUUGUGUGGAUUUGUGGACGGUGGAAACUCCGGAUCCAUGUGGCGCUUUUGGAUCACGGAUCAGCGCUCGGUUCGCGUCCAGAUCAUGUGGCUGCUCGUUUGUUCGCUGAUUGCCGCGAUCAAAGGCGACAAUUACGGCACACAGGUCCAGGUGAUGUCCUCCAGAGCGCUCAGGGCUUCAAACACACGCAGCAAUGUAACAGACAGCAAUCACCUCACAGACUUGUACCGGAAAGAAGAGAUUAUCAUGGUCAAGGGCGGAGGUCAUGUCCAGAGCCCGCGGUUCCCCAACGCAUACCCGCGCAACCUGCUGUUGUCGUGGAAACUGCUCUCACCCCCCCACACACGCAUCCUACUGGAGUUUGAUGCUCAGUUUGGACUGGAAGAUGUGGAAAAUGGAGUCUGCAGGUAUGAUUUUGUGGAAGUGGAGGAUAUUUCUGAGACCAGCACCAUAAUUUGGGGCCGCUGGUGUGGUCAGAGAGCUCCAUCACGAAUCACAUCCAAAACCAACCUCAUCAAAAUCACCUUCAAAUCAGAUGACUACUUUGUUGCAAAACCCGGAUUCAAAAUCUGUUAUUCUCUGCUGAACAGCUCACCUCUCGCUUCUCUGAUGAACUGGGAAUCUGUUACAAUAAUGUCUGACCUGGAGGAGAUUUCUGGGACGGACGUCCCACUGUCUGUGUCCGAGCUGGAUUAUGACAUCGCCAGCGUCAACACGGUGGAAGAGCUGCUGAGACACCUGAACCCGUUUACCUGGCAAGAAGACCUGGAGCAACUGUACACACACACACACUACUACAGACCGCGAGCAUUUUAUGCCGACCGCAAACACAAACUUGAUCUUGACCGACUCUAUGACGAUGUGAAGCAGUACAGCUGCACGCCACGCAAUUUUUCAGUGAACCUCCGUGAGGAGCUGAAGGCGACCAACUCUGUGUUUUUCCCACGAUGCCUGCUGGUGCAGCGAUGCGGUGGAAACUGUGCAUGCGGCACCGACAACUGGAACUCCUGCAGCUGCAGCGCUGGCAAAACCGUCAAGAAACUGCACGAGGUGUUGAAAUUUUCCCCGGGUCAGAAUUUCUACAUGAAGAGAACACGCGCUCGCUGGGCUCUGGAGGAAAUCUACCUACAACACCACGAGAAAUGUGACUGUGUGUGUCAGUCAAGACCACCACGAUGAACUACACACACACACACACACACUGCCACACAGUACUACCAUUCAGACAUAUAUCUCCAGGUCAAGCUUCUACAUAAAAACAAAACUUUUUAAUAAAAUGUAAGACACUCACACACUCCGUUGUCUCUCCAGAUAUGUAGCUACAUCUAAGUUUUUAUUUGUCAUUUAGAUGUUAUGUGGAACUCGCCAAUAGAAUGAAAAUGAAUAUUAAUGAGGCUUUUGCUCUCCCAGACCAAUCAGAACUCAGAACUGUCUGAGGGGGCGGUUCUUUUGCCAAUCUAAUCCAAGCAGUGUUAUUUAUUAAAAGCAAUGUCUUUGUCUUUUUAUAUCUGUGCUCAUGUUGUUGGAUGUGAAUUUUGUUUUUAUAUACUCUUUCUUGGGGUAAGUCUUCAACUCUAAAACAAAAUAUUUUGCAUAAAGAAAAAGCUUAGUUUACAAUAUGGUAUUUUGCGUUGUUUCCAUAACUCUGUAAAUGAAAGGCAUAACAACAUGUACUACCAUGGUAUAUAUUUAUAAUUUAUUUUUGCAUUACUGCAAUGAGAAUUAGCCUAUUUUGUUACAAUUAUGAUUUAACGCAAUGUGACAUUCCAAUAUGUAAAUGAGAAUUGUGUAUGUGCACGGUGCAUUAUUAAGAAAAAUGAUGUCAUAAAAAUGCAAAUAAUCGUAAGGGUUCUAAAAUUGGCUUCAUUUUCUUUAAGUAAAAUAAAACAAUUGUGAGAUCCUCCGAUUGUUUUUUAGUGUGGAUUUGAAAAACAAGACCAAGAAUAUAAACACACGCACAAACACACUCUUUGGCCCCUCAAAGUGGUCUAGCCAGAGGUCAUGACCUUUUCACCCCUUGCCUGGUUUCAGAAGCUUAGCAGGGCUGGAUUUGGCUAGUAUUUGGAUCUGAGACUGUCUGGUAAGAUCAAGUGCUGUAAGACAUCUUUUGACAUUUUUUAAUUUCACAAUCCAGAGGUCAUUAGUAGAGGAGUAAAAACCCUGGCUUUUGUCAUCAGCCAAAAAAACUCACCUGGUCAAAGGAUAAGCAGGGCAUGGCUAGUACUUUCUAAAGUGGUCUGUUGAUGUGUUUGAGCCAUCAAAGGGAUUGCAUUAUAGUCACACACACGUUAAACCCAACCAUUCUUGUAAUUGGCUUGUGUAUUUAUUAGGGCUGUUAAUCGAUUAAAAUGUUUAAUUAAAUUAAUGACAUGAUGUGCCGAUAAAUUUAUCAAAUUAAUCGCAAAUGUUAAUAUUUACUGAAAGGCCCCCAAAUAAAUUAAAUUCAGUAAAUAAUAAUUAAAAUAAGAAUUAUUAUUAUAUUAUGUAAUAAGUAUUAUAAUUUAAAUAAUUCAAAUAAGUUACAUCAUAUACAUAUAUUGUGGCAGCAGACAAGUUAAGCAUUUCUACAAUACAAAAAGUGGCUGUCAAAAUAUGUUUUGUUUUAGUUACAUAUUCUUGAACAUAACCCUAUUGUUGAUCUAUUUCCCUCUGCACUAGUUUUAUUUGUUGAUCUUUGUACUCAUGCGUCAUUCAGGCACUUUUGAAGCGUCUUUCUUUGGUAGUGUCACGUUAAACUAGUUUUUUAAGCACCUGUAGUUAUUAGCGCUGUGUUUUCAGAACUGAAAAUACUGAAAAAUCUAAAACUAUGGUAAUAAAAUAAAUAAUUUUGUAGUGAUUGUGGGUUUACUACAGUAACCAUAAUUAAACCAUGGUUAAACUAUAGUAAAAAAAAAAAAAAAAAAAAAAAAAAAAAA